AUGAUUUGCCACAAAAAAUAUCUAAUUUUUAAAGAAUCCUACACUGUCGAAUUACGUUCCAAUGAAGUUGUCUUAUAAAAUGUAUUGUAUUUUGAAAUUUUAAGAUUAAAAAUCAGAUUUCGAAUAUUCUAAAUUUGCAAGAUAACUCUGUAGUGGACUGGAAACUAGAUAAAAAGAAUAGCAGAAUUAUUGGCUUUGGUAUUCAGAUUGAUAGUCAAUGGGAAUACUUCUACAUGGAUCAAUAGAAUUUAUCUUUACUUAAGUAAUUUCUUGAUGGAAAGGUGCAAUAUCACAAUAUUUUUAAAUUAUAUCAACUAAUUGGCUUCCUUGGUUCAGGAGCAUUUGGAACUGUAUAAUAUAACAUAUAAAUAAGGUUUUUAAAUGCUAAUCCAAAUAUGAUGGGAAACUGGUGGCUUGCAAAUCAAUUAAGAAGUGUAGAAAGUACGAUGAUAAAGUAUGAGAAUUUUCUAUUAUUGAGGACUUUUUGAAUGAAGUAUUCUGUAUGCAGAAUCUCAAACAUCCAAAUAUGGUGCAGCUUAAGGAAUAUUAUGUGGAGUAAAAGCACUUUUACAUUUUAAUGGAACUUGUUGAAGGGAACACGUUGAGAAAUCUUAUAAAACAGAAUUCGUUAGAUGAGAACGAGAAGCUGAUUAUUGUCUAAGUAUAAUUUCUAAUGAGUUAGUAACUUCUAUCACUCGUUAAUUAUUUUCAUUAAGAAGGAUUUAUCUAUAGAGAUUUUAAACCAUAGAAUGUAGUUUUCUUUUAAAAUAAUAUUGGGAAGUUGAAGCUGAUAGAUUUUGGACUUACAAUCUCCAUAAAUGAUGAAGUUUGCAAUAAGGAUUAAUUGUGUGGUACACCAGGAUAUAUGGCUCCAGAAGUUUUUGAAAGGAGCCAUAAUUACAAUCUUAAAUCUGAUAUAUUUAGUUUAGGAGUUAUGAUUUACGAAUUGUAAUCAUUUAUUUAGACAAAUAGGUUUUCUGGAGAAUAUUUAAUAUAAAGUCUCGAUCCCGAAGAAUUGCUAAAUACGAAUAAGAUAUUCAAAUUUAACAAGGAGAUCCUAUCAGCAAUUAAGAACCAAACAAUCUAGAGAUUAUUGUAAGGGAUGUUGCAAGAGGAUCCUUCUUUGAGAAUCAGCAGUAGGGAAGCCGUGGAGAUAUUUAAACAAGUGAAUUGGAGUUGCGAUGAAUUUUUGACUACUAACGCAGAUUGA